AAGAACUAUGCUGGUGUACCCUUCCUGGAAGGCUUCUCCGUGUGUCUUUGCAUCUUCCAAAUCAGGACUUAGGCCAAACCUAGCCAGUGAGGGGGUUGUCCGUGCUCCACUUCAGACAUUCACAGAAGAAGAGAUAAUGCUGAAAAAUAUGGUGAAAAAAUUUGCUCAGGAACGAGUUGCACCUUUGGUGCAAAAAAUGGAUGAGAAUUCGAAACUGGAAGAAUCUGUAAUAAAGGGAUUGUUUGAGCAAGGGCUGAUGAGUAUUGAGCUUGGGGAAGAAUAUGGAGGGACUGGAGCUUCAUUUUUUUCGACAAUAUUGGCAGUAGAAGAACUGUCCAAAGUUGAUCCAUCUGUAGCUCUUCUCUGUGAGCUCCAAAAUACACUAACCAAUAAGUUGUUUACCAUACAUGGAUCAGAAGAGCAAAAGAGAACUUACUUGCCUAGAGUGGCUAAAGAUACGAUAGGCAGUUUCUGUCUGUCGGAGGCUGGAUCUGGGAGUGAUGCAUUUUCUUUGAAGACUCGAGCGGAAAAGAAAGGAGACUACUAUAUCAUCAAUGGCUCAAAGAUGUGGAUUAGCUUUGCAGAACACGCAGGAGUUUUCUUUGUGAUGGCAAAUACAGAUCCUGCUUUGGGAUACAAGGGAAUUACAUGUUUCGUAGUAGAUCGCAACACAGAAGGACUGCAGGUAGGGAAGAAGGAGAAUAAGCUUGGAAUUAGAGCAACUUCUACCUGCACAGUAACAUUUGAAAAUGUUAAGGUUCCUGAGACCAAUGUCCUGGGACAGAUUGGACAAGGAUAUAAAUAUGCAAUUGGAACGCUAAAUUCUGGCAGAAUAGGUAUUGCUGCCCAGAUGCUAGGAUUGGCACAGGGAUGUUUUGACCAUACAAUUCCCUAUACAAAGGAGAGAUUCCAGUUUGGGAAAAGAGUUUUUGAUUUCCAGGGGAUGCAACAUCAGAUAGCUCAUGUGGCCACACAACUGGAAGCCGCGAGGCUGUUGACCUACAAUGCGGCUCGGCUUCUGGAAGCAGGGAGGCCAUUCAGAAAGGAGGCAAGCAUGGCCAAAUACUAUGCAGCUGAGGUUGCAACACUGACAACGAGUAAAUGUAUGGAAUGGAUGGGUGGAGUUGGAUUCACAAAAGAUUAUCCAAUUGAAAAAUAUUAUCGUGAUUGCAAGAUAGGUACGAUAUAUGAAGGAACUUCAAAUAUCCAGUUGAGCACCAUUGCAAAAAGCUUAGCAGAGGAGUACUGAAGCCAUAAGAACUUUUUGCCUGUUACAGAAAUUAUUCCACUGAACACUAAUCAUGAACUUUAGAUUUGCCUGUGAUUAUGAAAUCAUAAAGGACAUAAAACAACAUACAUUCUCAUUGGUUAAAUCAUAAGGAAAACCAUGAAUUCCCAUUUCAUGAUAGGAAGCAAUUCAUGUGAAAUC